GACCCAAAACCUCAGCAACUUUUCUUGGCUUGAUGCAGUGUUAGCGAGAAGCAGCGUUUCUCCAACAGAGUUGCCAGCGGAGCGCGCUGGCCGGCGCCUGCCCCCCCCGCGCCGCGGAGGUGCGGGGCGGCCAUGGAGAGCCCCGGCGAGAACCCCAGCAAGGCGGCCGAGUACCUGAAGGAGCUGAACAAGAUUAUCGAGACGCAGCAGGAGCUGCUGGAGAAGCAGAAGCGGAGGAUAGACGAGCUGGAGCAGCAAGUGGCCAAGUUGUACCACGAAAAUGCCUGCCUGCAGGACGAGCAUCACCGGCACCUGGCCACAUGCCGGCUCCAGCAGGGCGUCCCCCUCGCGCCCCCGGGGGUGCUGAGCGCCAUCCAGGAGAACGCCAGGCACGAGAAGUCUGAAGGUGACAGCUCAAGAAGCCUCAGGUCUUUAAAUACUCUGCACCAGUUUUGCUGUCCAGCUCCAUUGUACCAUUCCCAGCUAGCUGUCCCUGCCACACACUCAGAGUACAGCGUUGAGGGGGAGGCGGCCAGCAGCGAGACCGGCACUUCCCUGGAUAGCCCCUCUGGCUACCCGCAGGGCCCUAUAACGCACAGCUCCGCCCUGAGCCCCGAGCACUACGAGCACCCGUACGGGCUCUACUCCAUCGCGCCGGGCCAGCAGAGAGCCCGCCGGCCCAAGCUCCAGCACUCCACCUCCAUCCUGCGCAAACAGGCCGAGGAAGAAGCCAUCAAAAGGUCGCGAUCGCUUUCGGAGAGCUAUGAACUCUCUUCAGACCUACAGGAUAAGCAGGUGGAGAUGCUAGAACGCAAGUAUGGGGGCCGUCUGAUMACCAGACAUGCUGCCCGCACCAUCCAGACCGCCUUCCGCCAGUAUCAGAUGAACAAGAACUUUGAGCGCCUGCGCAGUUCUAUGUCUGAGAAUCGCAUGUCAAGGCGCAUCGUCCUGUCCAAUAUGAGAAUGCAGUUUUCCUUUGAAGGACCUGAGAAAGUCCACAGCUCCUACUUCGAAGGGAAGCAAGUUUCUGUUACAAAUGAUGGGUCAAAGCUGGGCUCCCUAGUACCAGCAGAGUGUGAAGACCUCGGGGAGACAGCUACCAUGAAGUCCCCAGCAGCAUCCACUGAUUUCACUGAUGCGAUAACAGAACUGGAGGAUGCUUUUUCCAGGCAGGUGAAAUCCCUGGCGGAAUCCAUCGACGAUGCACUGAACUGCCGCAGUCUGCAUUCAGAUGAAAUCCAGAGUGCAGAGCAGGUCAGGAGCCGGGAAAUGGAGAGGGAGAGCUGUGCUCCGAGCAAACCGGUGAUCCACAAUGUGGAUCACAGGAAGCUGGACGAGAUGACGGCAUCCUACAGYGAUGUCACGUUGUACAUUGAUGAGGAGGAGUUGUCCCCACCCCUGCCGCUCUCCCAGUCUGUGGACAGACCGUCCAGCACGGAGUCAGACUUGAGGCUCCGCUCCGUGAACUCUUCCCAAGAGUACUGGUCCAUGACCCACAAAGAUGAUAAGAUAGACACUGAUACGAGCUGCAGGAGUACCCCAUCACUGGAAUGUCAGGAGCAGAGGAUGAGGAUGGAUCACCUCCCUCUGCUCACUAUCGAGCCUCCCAGUGACAGUUCUGUGGACUUGAGUGAUCGCUCGGAGCGGGGCUCGUUAAAGAGACAGAAUGCGUAYGACCGAGGCAUCACCAGCCAGCAAGGCAGCCCCAAACAUAUCCCUCACAGCAUUCCUGCCAAGAUCAUCACCAGAGAGGAGCAGGAGGCCAGGCACAGGGCUAGGCCCAUAGACAGUCACUUGGCCAUCAAUGGCACAGCAAACAGGCAAAGCAAAUCAGAGUCUGAUUACUCUGAUGGAGACAACGACAGCAUCAACAGCACUUCCAACUCUAAUGACACAAUAAAUUGUAGUUCAGAGUCCUCUUCUAGAGACAGCCUAAGGGAGCAAACCUUGAGCAAACAAACCUACCACAAAGAGACUCGAAACAGCUGGGAUUCCCCUGCCUUCAGUAAUGAUGUUAUCAGGAAACGCCAUUAUAGGAUUGGGCUGAACCUUUUUAACAAAAAACCMGAAAAAGGAGUCCAGUACCUCAUAGAGCGAGGAUUCGUGCCCGACACUCCCGUGGGGGUUGCACACUUUCUCCUGCAGAGAAAAGGGCUCAGCAGGCAGAUGAUCGGAGAAUUCCUGGGAAAUCGGCAAAAGCAGUUCAACAGGGAUGUGUUAGACUGUGUGGUGGAUGAGAUGGACUUCUCCACAAUGGAGCUGGAUGAAGCACUCAGGAAAUUUCAGGCCCAUAUCCGUGUCCAAGGAGAAGCCCAGAAAGUGGAGCGGCUCAUUGAAGCUUUUAGCCAGCGUUACUGCAUCUGCAACCCGGGCGUGGUGCGGCAGUUCCGCAAUCCCGACACCAUCUUCAUCCUGGCCUUCGCCAUCAUCCUGCUCAACACUGACAUGUACAGCCCCAACGUCAAACCCGAGCGCAAGAUGAAGCUCGAGGACUUCAUCAAGAACCUCAGGGGGGUGGAUGAUGGYGAGGACAUUCCCCGGGAGAUGCUGAUCGGGAUUUACGAGCGCAUCCGCAAGCGGGAGCUGAAGACCAACGAGGACCACGUGUCCCAGGUGCAGAAGGUGGAGAAGCUCAUCGUGGGCAAGAAACCGAUUGGAUCUCUGCACCAUGGACUUGGUUGUGUGCUCUCCCUCCCCCACCGGAGGCUUGUUUGCUACUGUAGGCUGUUUGAAGUUCCAGAUCCAAAUAAACCUCAGAAGCUUGGAUUGCACCAACGAGAAAUAUUUUUAUUUAAUGAUCUUCUCGUGGUGACCAAGAUUUUUCAGAAGAAGAAGAACUCUGUUACAUACAGUUUCCGACAGUCCUUUUCCCUCUAUGGAAUGCAAGUUCUUCUCUUUGAAAACCAGUAUUAUCCCAAUGGCAUUCGGCUCACGUCAGCUGUUCCAGGAGCAGAUAUCAAAGUACUCAUAAAUUUCAAUGCACCAAAUCCUCAGGACAGGAAGAAGUUUACAGAUGAUUUGAGGGAGUCGAUUGCAGAAGUUCAAGAAAUGGAAAAGCACAGAAUAGAGUGUAAGUACAAAGCCGAGCUGGAGAAGCAGAAGGGGGUGGUGCGUCCCAGCAUGUCGCAGUGCUCCAGCCUGAAGAAGGACUCUGGCAAUGGGAGCCUGCCCAGGGCCUGUCUGGAUGACAGCUACGCCGGCGGCGAGGGGCUGAAGCGCAGCGCGCUGAGCAGCUCCCUGCGGGACCUGUCCGAAGCAGGCAAGCGUGGGCGACGCAGCAGUGCAGGAUCGCUAGACAGCAAUAUGGAAGGGUCCAUCAUUAGCAGUCCUCACAUGCGCCGAAGAGCUACAUCAACCCGAGAGUGUCCAUCUCGCCCUCACCAGACUAUGCCUAACUCCUCCUCACUCCUAGGGUCCCUGUUCGGGAGCAAGAGGGGCAAAGCCCCUUCCCAAGGGCACGCGGCCCCGCAGCCCCCGCAGCACGCAGAGGGCGCGGYGGCGGCGCCUUCACACCCGCACCACGCCCAGUACUGCCACGUGCAGAACCCGCCGCCCUACCACCACCACCACCACUACCACCCGCCCCCGCACCUCCCGCACCCGCACCAGUACCACCAGCACGGCCCCCACGGGCACGGCGCGCACGCCCCGUACCUGCAGCACGGGCACGCGCACGCGCCGCACCCGCCGCCCCACCACCCGCACCCCGCCCACGCCCCGCACCCGCACCCGCAGCACCACCACGGGCCGCCCCCGCCGCCCGCCACCUCCGCCAGCACCAAGCCCAAACACAGCGGCAUCAGCACUAUAGUCUAGGCCUAAAGCCCCUCCUCAUAACUCUAGUUUUAAACUGAGCUACAGAGGCACUUACAGGAAGCAACARAUCACACUUGUCAGUUUUUACCUAGGCCAUUUAAUGAGCUUAAAGGCUUGCUGUUACUAAAUAAAAUAAUUCCAGAUAGCUCAGGCCACGCUGGUUUUACUUAUCUACUGGAUAGAUGUUCACCACCGUCUGGUUAGUUCUUAUUUCCAAACUUGCCUUGAAAACAUGCUGCUUGCUGAAUCUGAGGAAAGCUACCUUUUACACCAAAUCCCUGGACAAUUUUACACGUUGAAAAGUUACUCUAUGGAAAAAAAAAAAAAAGGAAAAAAAGUGAGACAGAACCAAGUGUUGCAUUCUUGCUCUUUUAUUCUCAAUGGGCAAAAAAAAUAAGUAGACCUGAUAUGGUUGAUGAAAGUACGUAAGUAAACUUUAUAUAAUAUAAAUAUAUACAUAUAAAUAUAUAUAUAUACUGUAUAGUUAACAUUUGUGCUUGGAAAGAAAUUUUUUCAGUCCACAAAACUAGCAAUAUAGACUUUACAAGGAAUUCCACUUACUUGAUAGGACAGUAUAAUAGAUGAAUAGCAUAUGAAAGAGUAGACCAAAAACAUUAAACGUUAGAAACCAAUUUCAGACAUUUCAGUAUUUUCAUGACAAGUCCCCUGGACUUGUUAAGAUCUCUAAGCAAUCAUUACUAAAUGUGCCAAGUAACAUAGCAUUUAAAUGUUGUAGUCCAAUACUGCUUUGUAUAAAUCCUUAUUUUAUUAACACGAUGAUAUCAUACGUAAUCAGUAUUAGAACUGCUCUGCUAUUUCAGGUAAGCAAACUCGUUAAGAUGCAGUAAUUAUACCGUAGCAAUGGAGGGGGCCCCCUUACCAGGAGGCACCUCCAAGCAUUGGUCACACAAGUUCUUAGACACUUUAAAGGCUGUGAUAACUGUGAAUUUAAAUGAUCCACAUUUCUUUUGUAAGCAUAUGGAUUGAACGACCACAUGGGAAGAGUUCUGCCAGGUGCAUGUAAACACUGCAAAAACAUUCAUCUCAAACAUAAAAAGGCAAACCUCCAUCCUUCUCAGCUACUUUGGUUCCUGUUCACCAUAAUUUCUCAUUUUUACCCCCAACGAAGCUGAAUUCUAGUCCAGAGUGUUUCCAGUGGAAGUGCUCUAAAACUUGAAGGUUUGUUUUAGAAUUUAGUAUAGGGUUUUUAUAUCUAUAUAUAUUAAAAUAAAAAAAAAAUCUGUAAUUCCAUGUAGCCAUGUGCUAGCAACAAAGUGGCUUUACCAUUUUUACUCAUCACAUUUGUUAGUUUUAAGCACCCAGCACUCAGCAGGCUGAGUUUAUGCUCAAACCCUCACUUCCAUAGUCCAGUUAGCUGCAAGACAUCACAUAAAAAUAGGCUGUGCUGUUGUUGCUUAUGUGUUGUAACCAAACCAUUUGCAAAUUUCUAUCUGAUKUGUAUCCCGAAAUUCUGUACAAAGUCAUCCAUGGCACCUACUUUGUAGUUUCAGCACUUUGAGACACUGCAAGGACUUAACACCUAAACAGUAGAGACAAAGGAAUCACAACUGCAAAACUGUACCAGCCUAAAAGCAAACCUUGAAGAGGAUGAGCAAAAAGUUCCAGUAAGAGAUGGGUAAAAGCAAUCACAGCUACAACCACUCGGGUUUCUGUGUAAUAGUACAAAAAGUGUCUGAAAUUAUGAGGACAGGAGAGUAACAGAGUGACUUGCCAUGUUGGCUUCCUCAUGGCAUCUCUGACAUGGGGGGGAUGGGAGAGGUUCAGUCAUUUUUUUCCCUUUCAUACCAUGGAUACCACAAUACCAGCAAAACUGCAAACUGAGCACUUUGUUAACCUCCACAGAGAGCAAAUACAGCAAUCUAGAGUUUAGCCUUUUGUUUCCAGCAGUCCACGUUUGUUUCACACAUGUGCAAUAUGUUUUCCUUUCUGCUCCUUCUCCUCUGAAUUACCUGGAUGAAAAGAAAACAAGUAAUUCUUAAUUUUUCUGUAUCGCUCAUUCUAUUCUAAAUUCUGCGGCUUACCUUACGAGGSCUCGCCCGGGUCCCCUGAGGCUCUGUUCCUUGCAGUUUAAAAAAAUAUAUACUGUUCUUAUAAAGGGAAAGUAGAACUGUCUGCAUGUCAUCUAAUGUUAUUAGUGUGAGGCUACACUCUACAUAUUGUAUAAUUGCAAAAUAUAUCAGUGUUACUGUUGAUAUUAGUUGAAGUAAAGUGAUAACAUAUUUCAAUAUGUAGACUUUUCUUCAUACAUCUGUACCAAUAGUAGAGUCUAACUGUAAUUUAUAGGUUGUUCCAGAAAAGAUAAAGAACCAUUCAGGUACAAACAUCUCUCAGAAACUUCAUCUUUUAAUUAAAAGAGAAGUGAGAAAGCUCCUCUUCACUGAGUGAUGGAGUCUGUAGUUGUUUCAGAUGCAAAGGCAUAACAUAAGUAAAAUUCUGUUCGUGGAAUCAAGGCAGAAUGUGGAGUAGCAGUGGAGAGGAAAGUCUGACUCACUGUUAACACUAAAGAUGUUUGAUCUCCCCAGAUCUGCAUUUGCAUUAUGUUUAAAAACCCUUUCAUUUCAUUUCAAUUACAGUUACAUAUAAAUAUUCUGUACUUAAACAGCAAACCGCAGUUUAAUUCCUGACCACUGAUUUUCCAUGUGCAAUCCAUGUAUUUGUGAACCAGAGYGUUCAGGAUGUCCCAAACGUGCCUGCACAGAAACAUUCACCCAUGGUUUCACGUACCCAGGGAAGGGUCUGUGCCUGCCCUGGGGCACAGCGAGUUGCAGAGUUGCACGUGUGAAAUCACACAUCAUAAAAAACAACUGGUCAUGUGAGAGCACACUAUUUGGAAACUGUUCUUUCAAGCCAAUGAGGAGAAACAGUGGACUUGAUUUUUUUUUUCCUAGUUUUGUUUCUUAGACUAUGUGUUUAUCUGUACUUCAACCAAACAAACGUGUCUUGGUGUCAGCACAAGUCUCCAGCCCUUUGCUGCACUUUUAGGKUUGUGCUAAAACCUCUCUGACUCCGUCCUUGAUUAACAGUUAAAGCAGCGUGGGUCAUGCCUAGAAUAGGAAAAUUCCAGCACUCAACACCACCUGGGGUUAAAAAAAUGAAUUAAAAUAAAUUCUUCAGCCUGCAGGCAGGAGUAGAAUUGAGAGGGUUUUUUUCUCAGAUGCCAUUGCCAAUUAAAAACUGGUACAGAACUGCGUAGAGUGACCAUGGUUCUCUCUUCCCAUGACUAUCUGGCAAAACAGUAAUGCUGAUUUGAGCAAAUGAAAGGGCAACAUAAAGAAUGAAGGUGUGGUAACAAAAAAAAAAUCUUUUCUGGGACAACAAUCAAAUAUAUAUUUGGGGUUUUUAUUUUUUUAAGUUUAAGAAUGAAAUGUAAAACAAUGUAAAAACAGAAAACAAAGUUCAUCCUAAUAUAAUGUGUGUCUUGUAUUGCUAAAAACAAAAGAGUCUAACAUACAGUGUAGAAUGAUUUUCCCAUCAUGUACUGCAUGCAGCAGAAGCCUCUUGUUUCUUGAUAAAAUGAGCUGAAAGACAGUCAGCAGAUAUUUAAACACUGAAUCUCUAGAUGUUGACUUGCUGUUCCAUAUGAAGCUGUGUGUUUUCUGCAGUUAAGCAUGCAUUUUGCUGUUCCCUUGUAAAAUACCAUCGCACUUCUUGCCUGCAAAAUGGAUUAUUGUGUAUAUAUUUAAAAGAAAAGUGGAACCAAUAACAAGAUUCAAUUUGGAAAAGAGAAAAGGGGGUGGUGAAAAUGGGACCAGUAGGGGGAAUAGAGAAUUCUCUAAAUUGUAUAUAGUGUGUAAAUUAGCAUUACUAUAAGUCUGCAGUCACUUUGAGGUUGCCUAACUCCUGCUAGGAACUUAAAUCAGCUUUGAGUUGUAUUAAACUGUUAGAAUUAGGUCUUGAAUGCAGACUGUUAAAGACUUCAAAAAACAUUAUGCUUACAAGAAGCUUCUGUUCUGGGGAGGCUCGAGACCCCUUUUGUAACUCUGGGGAAGAAAGGAGUGCUUUCAUUUUAAUAUGCAUUCUGUUUGUAAGUAGUAACAGACCCUAUUGAUGUAAAACUAUAACUGUGAUCAUGUGGAGAAAUCAAAUAAAUCAUUUAAAACUCUUUGUUUCUCAUCUUGUGCAAUCCAAGAGCCUCAACUGUUCAUAUUUGAAAUGAAGGGAAUUGCCUCCGAUGGUAUCCUGGCCCUGCUGAGGCUGUGGGAUUUCUGCUGCUCGCUCCAGAAGGGCCACGAAUCAAAGAUCAGGUGGUGGAGGUGAUGAGUGGAGUCUGGGACUCUUCACUAGGCU